UGGGCGCGCGUACAGCCGUAGGUGAUCAAAUGAACGAUUUCGGUUUUUCACUUCCUGAUUUCAAUGGUAUAACCAAUGAACGGACAAUACACGGACCGAUUUCUUUCGGGAAUUAACCUGAACAAAAACGGAUUGAGCGAACAGAACACUAACUUCAUGAUUACGCUCUAUUUAUACCUUUACUCGACAAGAGGCAUCCAGCAUCCUGACAAUAUACACAGCAUUGGCAGAGCCUUUGUUCUCAGCCGACCUUGUGACAGGUAAACUCCAGAGAUUCUGAGCCAAGGCACCGGUGCGCCACACCAUCUACUACCAUGGCCAACCAGGACUCUACCAACCCGUCCCAUGACUUGUUUGAGCAGUUUGUCCAAGCCCAGACCUGUAAGGAGGUGCAGCGUAUUUUCUCAGAGCUUUGCCACCACCUACAGGUGGACCCCAGGGACUACCAGAGCUUCUACACCAAGCUCAAGGAGAGGCUCAACUACUGGAAGGCCAAGUCCCUCUGGGUCAAGCUGGACAAGCGGGCCCAACACCAAGACUAUCAGCAAGGCGAAGUCUGUGCCAAAAACAAGUGCCUGGUGCUGGGUGCAGGGCCGUGCGGGCUCAGGACAGCCAUAGAGCUGGCUCUGCUGGGGGCUCAUGUGGUGGUACUAGAGAAGAGAGACUCUUUCUCCCGGAAUAACGUGCUGCACCUGUGGCCCUACACCAUCUCUGACCUGCGUGGGCUGGCUGCCAAGAAGUUCUACGGCAAAUUCUGCACGGGGGCUCUGGAUCACAUCAGCAUCCGUCAGCUCCAGCUGAUACUGCUGAAAGUGUGUCUUCUCCUGGGGGUGGAAGUUCAAACAGGGGUGGAAUUCAAAGGAUUUGUGGAGCCCUCAGGAGCCACAGGCUGGAUGGCAAAGCUGUUUCCUGACAAUCACCCUGCUGGGAAGUUCCAGUUUGAUGUCUUCAUAUCUGCAGGAGGAGGAAGCUUUGUCCCUUAUGGCUUCAAGAGGAAGGAGCUGCGAGGGAAGCUGGCCAUUGGCAUCACGUGUAACUUCCUCAACCGUCACACUGCAGCCGAGACCCAGGUGGCAGAGAUCAGCGGUGUGGCACGUAUCUACAACCAGAAGUUCUUCCAGGACCUGCUCACAGAGACUGGUAUUGAUCUGGAGAACAUAGUCUACUAUAAAGAUGACACCCACUACUUUGUCAUGACUGCCAAGAAGAAGAGCCUGUUAAAGAUGGGGGUCAUUAAACAGGACUUUAGUGAUGCCGAUAAGCUUCUGGCCCAGGUAAACGUGGACCAGGAGGCCUUGUUGCGUUACGCCUACGAUGCUGCCCAGUUCUCCACGGGCCACUGCCUGCCCGACAUGCAGUUUGCCCAGAACCACGCGGGCCAGCCUGAUGUGGCCAUGUUCGACUUCACUUGCAUGCACCGAGCUGAGAACGCCUCUCUGGUCAGGGAGAGAAAGGGCAAGAAACUACUCAUGGGCCUGGUGGGAGACUGCCUGGUAGAGCCAUUUUGGCCUCUGGGAACAGGUAUUGCCCGUGGGUUCCUGGCUGCCUUCGACACAGCAUGGAUGGUUAGGAGCUGGGGCAAGGGAAGACCCCACAUGGAAGUACUUGCUGAGCGAGAGAGUAUCUACCAGCUCCUGUCUCAGACCACGCCAGAGAACACCAGUAAGAAAUAUAGCGCCUUCAGCAUAGACCCGGCUACACGCUACCAGCACGUCAACCUCAACUCCGUCAAGGCCUUCCAGGUGAAACGUCUCUAUGAUGUGGAAGACCACCUUAAUCCUGGGCGACCCAUCAAGAAGCCGAAAGGCAAUUGGUCUCACCUGCGACAAGAUUCGGUUGGAGCGUUUGAGGUGCUUUUGAAGUGGUGCCAGCAGCACACUGCAGGGUACGACAGGGUGAACGUGAAAGAUCUGAACCAGUCCUGGAGGUCUGGCCUGGCCCUGUGUGCCCUCAUCAACACCUUCAGACCUCGUGUCAUUGACAUGGCCUCUCUGGAGGAGUCUAAUGCAGUCUACAAUAACCAGCUGGCCUUCAACUUCCUGGAGAGAGAGCUGGGCAUCCUUCCCAUAAUGUCAGCCAGGGAGAUGUCUUUCAAGGGACAGAUAGACAAGCUCUCCAUGGUGCACUACCUCACACAGAUCCACGAUGCGUUCAAUGAAAGGACACCUACUAAAGAACCUCAGAGCCUUCCCCUGAAGCCAUCCAAGACCCUGUCUUUUCGGGCUGCUGUGGUCUUCCUCAACAACCUCAAGCACAACUCUUUGCAGCGACGCAAGGAGAGACUGGCAAGCAAGAAAGACGGAAACGGGACAAUGGGAGAGGAAAAGGAUCCUUUAGCUCCUCUCUCAGCCCCUAAGGUGAACCCUGACCCUGUGAACCCUGACCCUGAACCGAGCCUGAUGCCAGGCUUCAGUAGCAAUGAGGAGUGUUACUUCUGUUGCCAGCGGGUCUAUGUUCUGGAGAGGAUCAGUACUGAGGGAAAGUUAUUCCACCGUAGCUGCUUCACCUGCCAUCAGUGCGGCACCACCCUUAGACUGGGCGGGUAUACCUUCAACCAGCACACUGGGAAGUUCUACUGUGAGCUGCACUCUGAACAACUAGAGAUGGAGAACGGGGAACAAUGCCCAUCCGUUCAGGAUACAAUAGAAGAUCACAAUGAGAAGGAGAGAGGUGUGAAUGGGAUCUCCAGUGAAGAGCCCUCACCUUGUCCCUCUGAAGAUGAUGAUGAAGAGUACUCUCUAGACUUGGGUCUUCCUAAACCAAUGGCUCCUCAGGGUGAGGAACACCCCAGCAGCAAACAAUCUAAUCCUGUAGAGGAGCCCCAUGUCCCACCAAAUCCACCCAUAGACGUUUACCUGAAGAAAGGGUUUAAGGCCAGUGAGGUGGAGGAAGAAAAGGAGGGGAAGGAGAGGGUUGAGGAUCCCUCCUCAUACCCCCCGACCCCUGUCCCAAAACCUCGUCUAUCUUGUUCGGAAAUCCCCAGCCCUCAGGCCUCCCCUCCUGUACCCAAACCACGCACCGUCCUCCCCACCCCAAAAAGGGACAUGUCACCGGCCCAUGUAGGGGACAAGGGGUCCCUCGAAGCAGCAGGAGAGAAAGGGACCCCCAAGGCAACCCCAGCCCCUGACUCCAGGGCGAAGCAGUCCGUGCGGAAGCUGCAGCUCACCGACAAUGAGAAGAACCAAUUAGUCAAUCUGAGCUUCAGCCUGGACUCUGACUCAGAGACACCUGGUUCUUCCUCCUGCUCCUCUUCAACAGUCACAGCAGGGGGUCCCAGCCCACCCAAACCUCCAGGUGCAGAUUGCCAGGAGGAGGAGGACUACUGGAUUGGGGGCUCGAGGCCGGCGGGACACAUCCGGGAGCUCAGGAACCGCCGCUGCUUCAGAAGGAAAGAGGAGCCUGAGGAGGGCCAGGGUCAACACGGCAGGGUCCGCUCCAAAUUCUCCCCCUGGAACCUCUCCUCCCCUCGGCCGAGGAGGGACUACCGCUUCAGCGUCCUCAACAGCCACCCAGAAGUACACUAUCACCACAGUGUAUCCGAAGAUGGUGGUGCUGAGGAUGAGGAUGAUGAUGAUUAUGAUGAGUUGGAUAUGUUUGGAGUAGAUGGCAUGGAUUUAUAUGAUGACAAGUUCCAGAUCGUCCCUUCAGACCCUGUGAAGGCUGAGAAGCUACAGCUGAUGAAGAUGAGGACUUUGGCACGUCGGGCCAAGACAUCUGAGAUGCAGCGCUUCCACAAAGCCCAGUCUAUCCAGAGGCGACUGGAGGAGAUCGAGGUGACGUAUAAAGAGCUGGAGGAUGAAGGUGUGGUGCUGGAGCAGGUACUCAGAGGAGAGGAAGACAGCUGUGGUUCUCCUGGGAUGAUCGACCAGUGGGUCCAUCUGGUCCACCAGAAGAACACUCUGGUCUCUGAGGAGUCAGACCUUAUGGUGGCGUGAGUAUAUAGCCCUGUUUUAUUUUUUGUUGUUUUUAUUCAUCACAUUUCAAUACAUAUUGAGUAAUGCUUUGUUUUCUGUGUAGCACAUAAGUUCCCAGCAAGCCAGUUGGGACACAGCAGCAGACGUCCCUCUCUCCACACUGUCACUAUUGUUUACGCUGACCCUUAUUCAACAGUUACUUCCUUGUUUUGGGGGUUUGAUCACAACUUAC